AUGCCGCGUAGUAUAUUUUCUUCAAGAUUCGAUAGUGAAAGAAUAAAAAUAAAUAAUCAAUUAGAUGAAAUAAUCAAAAAAUUUCCAAUGUUAUUUCCAAAUCUUGUAACAAUGCCGAAAAUUAAAGAGAAGAAACAGUUUCCUGCCUUCACUGAAUCCAAUUUGAAUUCAAAAAAAACAGAUCGUUGUACGAAAAUAUUAAAAUCAAGUGAUUGGUAUAGCAGCAAUCAAAUCUCCAUAACAACACGCUUUCAACUUGAAAGAAUUUUCGGAUUUGAAAUUUUGGAAAGAUAUAAAGGUUUCCCAAAAAGCAAUAACUUUGAUCGGCCUUGGGUUUUACAAGGACAUACAAGAUUACAUACUGGUGAAAAACCAUUUAAAUGCCCUCAUGAAUCAUGUAAUAAAUGCUUUGCUGACAGAUCUAAUUUGAGAGCACAUCAAAGAACUAAAGGUCACCAUAAUUGGAAAUAUCAAUGUUCACAAUGUACAAAAGCAUUCAGCCAAAAGAAUUAUAUGAAUCGGCAUCGUUUGCAAGCAUGCCGAAAGUAUUUAGCUAAACAAGACAAAACUGAAUAA